AUGAACUCAAGGCCGGUUCUUUCUUCAGUGCAUCCAAUCGAAGCAAAAGCAGGUCAAUGUUAUACUAGAAAGAUGUUUGAGACUUUCAAAAAAGAAUGGACUGAAGGUAUUACCAAUUUGACUCAUGAGACUAUAGGAAAAACUACAGAAGAAAGCACAUACCGAGUUGGGCAAUUGGAUGUUGAUAAAAAAUAUUGGCGCAUUGUUACCUUUCGUUCUUUGGAUCAAGUCAGCGUCACAUGUUCUUGUGCUAAGUAUGAGACAAAUGGGAUUUUAUGCAAACAUAGCCUAUACGUGAUGAAGAAGAAACAUGUUAAAGAACUCCCGAGUCACUAUAUUUUACCCCGAUGGACCCUUAGUGUUAGGUACAAACUAGGUAGUGCUAGUAUCGGACUCGGAGAAAUGAAUAAUGAAAAUGGAGUUAGUGCCUACACACUAUGGUGUGUCCGUUCAAAUUUUACUAAACUAAUUGAACAAGCAAGAGACUCCCCUUCAGAGAUACAAAAAGUCAAUACAAUAUUGAUAAGUCUUUUAGAUGAUCAAACAAAUCGAAAGAAAUCUACGUCUUUGGAGAAUACAUCUCAAGGUUCUUGUAUGGGAGUUUCGCAAAUAGAUAUGAUGCCACAGUUAUCUGUCCGUGAUCCUCUUGGUCCAUCUACUACAAAAGGGCGUCCUAAAGUUGCUAGUAGAAUCAGGUCUUCUUUAGAAGCCCCCCAAAAACGUACAUGCUCUUACUGUCAAGGAUUGGGUCAUUACGCUACUAGUUGUUCCAAACGAAAGGCAGAUGAAUCGUUGGAAGAGACAUAA